AUGGGAUCGGGUGUAUCGGGAGAGACUAGUGAACCAGAGGUAAUAAUAAAUCUUGAGUUAAUAUUUAAAUAUUAUAACAUAUUCUAUGAUUUAAGAACAUACAAUGAUCAUGAAAAAAAAGUUGAUAACGGAGGAUAUCCAAAUGAAAUUGUUUCUCUGUGUGAAAAAAUUCAAAAUGGAGAGCAAGGAUGGAAUGAGGAAAUUAAAAAGAUUUGUGAAAAAUUAAUGAAAUAUUUUUUAUAUUGGUCUAAACAUAAAACUGAUAAUAAUAAUAAUAAAAGUAUAUGUAAUUAUAUUGAAUAUUUGAACUAUUGGCUUAAUGGUGAAUUAAGGAGGAAUAUAAUAUCUGAAUCUGAUAGACAUAGGACAUAUGAACAUUUCAAUAAAGUUAUAGCUGAAGAGUCUAAUUUGUGUGAUUUAAAGGAUAAAUUUUAUAAUAUUAAGGAUGAAUAUUAUGAAAACAUGAAAAUAAUGCAUGAAUUGUACGAAAAUUUUUAUAAAAUUAAGAGUAUAGGAGAUAAUGGAACGGAUGAGAAAAAUGAAUGUUCAAAUUACGUUAACAAUUGUGUUAAUAAAUUUCGUCAGUUUAAAGAUAAAUGCUAUGUACAAGAAAAUAAAGAUGAAGAAGGAUAUAAAAAAUUAUGUAAUGCAUUAAGAGAAUUCAAUGGCAUAUAUAAAAUUAAUAGAUACUAUCAGAAAUCAUGUAAGAAUGUAAAAUUACUAGAUUUGCCAGAUAUUUUAGAAGAAUUAGAUGAUUAUAAGUUCUACAAUGAUUUUAAUAAUAAAGAUUAUUCGUCUGAAUUUAAUGAAUAUUGCUCAGAAAUAAAACCGCCAAUAGAUAAUAGAUGUAAAAUUUACACACUUUGCGCUAAAAUAAAAACAAAUUUAAAAGGAUUGUCUAAAUAGAUGAAGCAUAUGCAUGACUAUUUUAUGGUUUUUGAAAACCUUAAAACGCAUUUACCUUGUAAAAAAGAAAAUAGAAAAAAAUGUUGUGAUUAUGCUAAACAUAUUAACGGACUAUAUAAAAAGUACAUAGGUAAUUGUUGCACUUGUUAUUUCCAUUCUAAUGAAUGCCAUAACAACUGCGAUUAUUUUAAGUGUGAUCAAAGUUAUAAUCCGUACAAACUUUAUAAAGAAUUUGAAUGUGACCAAUUAGAGGAUAAAGUGAAAGGUUUCGAAAAAGUAGGAAAACCUACAGCCAUUGAUUAUUAUGUUAUACGCUUAAGUUCAUUGAAACCCCAAUGUAAUACAAUAUUUUGUGACCUCUUCUAUGUGUUCGUUUUAGCUGCCUUUUCUGUACUUGGGUUAUUUUUCGUGUUCUUUAUUCUUUACAAGUUUACUCCUCUAGGACCUCGCUUCGAAAAGAGGGUAAUAAACAAAAAAAGAAUUCAAAAUGUAAUUCAUGAGGAAGAGAUGCGACAAAUGGUAUCACGUGGAUCGAGCGAUAGGAAAAAAAAUCAGCCCCCUCAAAGAAUACAUUUGGCUUAUCAAUCUGAGGGAUGA